CCAAUUCGAGCACUUGCUCCAAACAUAACGACAUGAAGACUUUUGUGUGUUUAUUGCUGGCAGUUGCCUCAUGCAAGGCCGGGUUUGAAGGCGGCUACUCUAACGACGUAGGCGGCGAAGGCCAGGGCUACGGCGGCCAAGAAUACCUUGGAGGGGGUGGUCAAGACUUCGGACAUGGGGGGCAAACCAUAGCCCUUGCACAGGGCGGUCAAGAUCUAGGACAAUUGGGAGGUCAUGAACUCGGCGGACAGUCAUUCGGUCAUGGAGGUCAAGGCAACUUUGGUGGCGACUCUUAUCUCCAAGCAGCCCACGAUUCUGGGUUAGGUCAAGGAGAUUUCGGAGGUCACGGGUUCGGAGGACAGGCUCUUGGAGGACAUGAGGAAAUCCAGUCAGGUUACGGAGGCGACGGUGGCCAUGGGUUCGGAGGCGACGGUGGUCAUGGAUUCGGAGGCGACGGUGGCCAUGGAUUCGGAGGCGACGGUGGCCAUGGAUUCGGAGGCGACGGUGGUCAUGGAUUCGGAGGCGACGGUGGUCAUGGAUUCGGAGGCGACGGUGGCCAUGGAUUCGGAGGCGACGGUGGCCAUGGAUUCGGAGGCCAGGGUCAGAGCUUCACCCUUCAGGACGCUGGUGGCGACUACGGCAACGGCGGUCACGCUGAAGCCUUCCCAGUUGGAGAACACGUAGACGUCGAAAGCCCCGUCACUGUACCACUUUACAAACACGUCACCGUACCAGUCCACAAACCAAUUCACAUCAACGUGCCAAAACCCAUCCUCGUGGGAGUGCCCCAGCCUUACCCUGUCAAGGUGCCAGUCAACAAGCCCGUCGCCGUGCCAGUGGAGACUGAGAUCUCAAUCCCCAUCGAAAAAGUUGUGCCCUACCCUGUUGUUAAACAUGUUCCCUACCCUGUCGAGAAGCACAUUCCCAUUAAAGUAGAGAAGACCGUCACAGUCCAUGUACCUCAUCCCUACCCUGUCAAAAUCCCAGUAUACAAGACUAUCCACCAUAAAGGACAUGGUCAUUAAUCGGGGUCAACCCGCGCCUUGUACAUAUUGUUGAUUAUUUUUAAGUCAUUUUCAACUGUCUUCAUGUUGUAGUUGAUUUAUUUAUUGUAAAUAGUGUUAUUAAAUUGUUACAAUUGUUA